UUACCUGCUGCCUCCCGGCCGGCAUCGCUCCCCAGCAGAUACCAGCGAUAUCGGUCAGUCACGUCCCGCACAGAAGAUGACAGACUGUCUCCUAGGACAAAGAAUCCAGUGCAAGGCAGUCUCUGCUGCCACUCAAGGGGGACAACACUGAAAAAGAAUAUGCAGGGAGCAGCUCGCAGUGACAUGGAGCUUGUGUCCUCCAUGAUGCACAAAAUCACUCUGUUGGAACAAAAAAUAGAGAAACAAGCGCAAGAAAUCCAACUGAAGGACAGGAGGAUUGCUGAACUCGAAGAGAAGAUGAAGACCCUUCAGAAAGGAGAAGAUGCUCCUGACCCACCCACAGCAGAGGAACUGGAAAUUAGGUGCCUUCAGCUGCAGACCCAGGUCUGGGAGAUGGAGCAGUUUCUAAAUGACUACGGUCUGAUUUGGGUUGGAGAGAGACCUGAACAGCUGGAAGAUUUAGAAUCACUCAGGGAUGAAGAGCGGCUACCAGCAAGGAGUCUCUGGAAGCCAGGUGAAACAGUUGUUUCCAAACGGCAGAUUGAUUUUGAUUUAAUCUUGGAAAAGGUGAAGGAUUUGAAUGUGCUGGCUGGAGAAGGCAUUUCUCAAAUCGAGCACACGCCUGGGGGUGCUCGGCUGAGACAGCCAGAACCCCUCCCUCUUACGCUGUAUCAAAACGGGAUGGUGAUGAGCAACGGACCCUUUUGGCCCUACCAGGAGCCACCUGCACAGCAAUGCCUGCAGGAUAUUGUGGAUGGCUAUUUCCCUUCAGAGUUGCAGCUGCGCUACCCAGACGGUGUCCCUUUGCAGGUCACUGACAGGAGGGACCUGGUGUUUCAGGAGAGAGACCUUCCAGGGAGUUUUCCUGGCCACGGCCAAGUGGUUGGCCAUUCUAAAUCAACUGAGGUACAGGAAACCACCGAGAUCCCAGGUCCCAAACUCUCUCUAGAGCAGUUUCUCAACAAGCUUUCCAAGCCCUUGACACACAGAGGAGAAGCAAUCAGUGUCCGAGGCUCAGCCAGAGCAGCGCAGCAGGGCUCUGAUGGGGUGCGGAGCAGCAAAGAGAUCCUGGUGGAGACACCCGGGCUGUCUGCCCUGCAGAGGGUGAAGACAGCUGAAGAGGCCGAAUCUUCUGCCCCUGAUGUCUGCACCCUCCGCAUCAAAUCUGAGAGUGGGGAGCAGACGUAUGUCAUAAAGAUGCUCUUCACGGAGACCAUAGGGGACCUGCGCCAACACCUUGCCCACAUCAGGGGUGGAGACUCCGACUGGUAUGAGAUCAUCAGUACCUUUCCCCAGAGGGUGUACGCAGACAACUCCAGGAGCCUGCAGGAAUGCGGCCUGAUCCCCAACGCCUCCUUGCUGCUGCGGAGAAGAGACCCCUCCCAACGACAGGGACAGGGGCUGCAAACAGCUUAACAGCUCCACACAAGAGCUGCUUGCCCCAAGCUCCGUGCCGUCAGCUGCGCUGUAACCUGGCUGGGAAGAGAGGAGAGAGCUGUCCUUCCAGAUGUAGUUUCACUGCACCGUUACCUUGGACAAAGAGCUCAGAGGCAGCACUUUGACCUCUCCUGCCUCGCGGGUGGAUGCUUUUCCCCGAGAUAGCUGGGCUCUAACACAGGGGCGUUUCUGUCGGCUCAAACCCAAGGCCAGGUUUCUCAUCUCUGCAGGUGGUUACACAGGCUGAUCCCUGCCCAGGGAAGGCUGCCAGCUUCACACUACUACUGGGGCAGUUGCUCAGCUGGGAUCAGGGAUUCUCUACAGCAUCAGGAGACAGACAGCAUUGCUUUGCUUUCCACACACAGCUGCUCCCUGGAGAUUUCAGCUGGACUUACACCAUGAGAGAAACAGGCUCAGCUAUAUGGUGAAGCUAAACCAAAAGGCCCUGAGCCAUUGCAAAGCUGGGACUGAGCCAGACAACUUAGCCAGGAGAUCCUGCUACCGGGUUUCCUGUACGUGAACAACUCCUUCCCUUGGACAGCCCCCAGCUCCAGCGGGGCCCAGGCUCGCAGCCACGCAGAGCUGCCUCCCUCCCUCCUCCUCCUCCCUCCCCAGCCUGCUGCAGCCAGGACCUGGAUGCUGCAACAGGACACCGUGUCAUUGGAGAAGAGCGUAAUCCCUUCGCCGCUUCUCAGCUGAACCCUGAGUAAAAGCAUCUUCCUCCCUCUCCCACGGUCUGGGGCUGUGCUUCGCAGGCCCCUUUCCCAGCACAUUCCUCCUGUUUCAGCUGUGACAAGCUCCCACUUGAUUCCCAGCCGACAACACUCCCACUCGCGCGAGGCAGCGCCUUCUGGCAGGUUCCCCUUGAGCAGAGGCCCCGCACACGUUGCCACCCAGCCCUCAUUAAAGGCUCCCAAUAAACCCACUUAUUUAAGUUGCAGUUUCCACUCCCAUUAAGAUUUCAACAGCACAGCUGCUGUGGAAGGCAGCAGGAUGCCCAGAGCUC